AUCAAAAUACAAUCCAUAUUAGAAUCGAGAAGCAUUUGAAUAUUUUAUAAUAAUUGGAUUUUAAAAAAUUUAGUAAAAUGCAAAGCUUAAAGUUUUUUUCGAAAAUUUCGGUAAAACACAUAAGAUGUUUUUCAUGCACCAAAAAAUUAUUGAGUGAAGCAGCUCCUGCAGCGGUUCCUGCUGCAACAAAAUUGUCAAUCCCAGUGCCGGAAGGAACAGAAAAACCCAUUGAUCCAAAGUUAGCAGCUAUUGCUGAUAAUAUAGCCAAAUUAAAUUUACUAGAAGUUGCAGAGUUAAGUUCAAUUUUAAAAAAAAAACUUAAUUUGCCUGAAACGUCGUUUAUGCCUUCUUUUGCUGCUGCUCCAGUAGCAGCUGCUGCAAAGGAGGAAGAUGAGGAAGAAGCUGCUCCAAAGAAAGUUCAAACUUCUUUCAAAGUGAAACUAGUUAAAUUUGAUGAAAAACAAAAGGUGGCGUUAAUCAAGGAAAUCAAAAAUCUUUUGGAAGGAAUGAACUUAGUUCAAGCAAAGAAAUUUGUUGAAAGUGCACCAACCCUAGUCAAAGAAGAUAUUCCUAAAGAGGAAGCUGAAAAAUUAAAAGAAGCUCUCACGAAAGUUGGCGCUUCUAUAGAAAUUGAGUAAAAUACAAAAGUUAAUUAUUUAUAGAUUUUUUUAAGUAAAUAUUAAAAUUUUAACAUACAUUUAAAAAA